GAAAAGAGCUUGAGCGACCAACAAGGAAGGCGCCGCUGGCCUUUCAUUGCCAUUUGUUUUGCGUUUUGCGGCAUUUGCCUGUGAACAACAACCUUUUUUGGCCCAGCCCUCAUCGCGCCUUCACAUCUCGACAAUCUCGUGGAGUACCCUUAACUCACCUCCUCUCCGCUCAAUUGCUCAAGAUGCUAUCGCGCAACUCUACCCGCGCUGCCCAGCGCCUGCUCCGGGCCGCCGGCCAGCCCCAGCAGCGCCUGAACGCUGCCCGCACCUUCGCCAGCGUCAGCGAUGCCCCCUCCCAGACCGUCCAGUCCGACAUCUUCAAGCCCACCAAGUACGGUGGCAAGUACACCGUCACGCUCAUCCCCGGUGACGGUAUUGGCGCCGAGGUUGCCGAGAGCGUAAAGACCGUCUUCAAGGCCGACAACGUGCCCAUCACAUGGGAGCAGAUCGAGGUGUCGGGUCUGCAGGACGCAACGCCCGAGGGCCGCACCGAGGAGAAGUUCCAGGAGGCCGUCGCCUCCCUCCGGCGGAACAAGCUUGGCCUGAAGGGUAUCCUGCACACCCCCAUCGCGCGGUCCGGCCACCAGAGCUUCAACGUGGCCCUGCGCCAGGAGCUCGACAUCUACGCCUCCGUCUCCCUGGUCAAGAACAUUCCCGGCCUCAAGACGCGCCACGAGAACGUCGACCUCUGCAUUAUCCGCGAGAACACCGAGGGCGAGUACAGCGGUCUGGAGCACCAGAGCGUGCCCGGCGUCGUCGAGUCUCUCAAGAUCAUCACCCGUGCCAAGUCGGAGCGCAUUGCUAAGUUUGCUUUCAGCUUCGCCCUUGCCAACAACCGCAAGAAGGUCACCUGCAUUCACAAGGCCAACAUCAUGAAGCUGGCCGACGGCCUCUUCCGCGGCACCUUCCAGAGGCUCGCCAAGGACUACCCCCAGCUCGAGUGCAACGACAUGAUCGUCGACAACGCGUCGAUGCAGUGCGUCAGCCGGCCCCAGCAGUUCGACGUCAUGGUCAUGCCCAACUUGUACGGUGGUAUCCUGUCCAACAUCGCCGCCGCGCUCGUCGGCGGUCCCGGCGUUGUUCCCGGCUGCAACAUGGGCCGUGACGUCGCCGUCUUCGAGCCCGGCUGCCGUCACGUCGGUCUCGACAUCAAGGGCAAGGACCAGGCCAACCCUACUGCUCUCCUCCUCAGCGGUACCAUGUUGUUGCGCCACCUCGGCCUCGACGACCACGCCAACCGCAUCUCCAACGCUGUCUACGACGUCAUCGCCCAGGGCAAGGUCCGCACGCCCGACAUGGGCGGCCAGGCCACCAACAAGGAGUUCACCCGCGCCAUUCUCGACUCGAUGGAGAAGGCGCUCUAAACAUCUGUGCCCAUGAGCACAUCUAACUAACACACAGAGCGAAUAGAACUACUUUGCCAACCAACGCCUCGGGCCAUAGCACACAGGGGGAGGAAGGUAGAUCAGGCAACAGGCACCAAUAGACUUAAACAGGGACCGGGACAAAGA